AUGGAUUCUGGUAAUGGUUGUAGUUUGAAUUCAUCAAGUGGUGGAGAUGAUCAAGAUCAAUACGAUUCACUAAGAAAUACUCAUGAGUCAUCGAUUUCAGCUUUUUUGAAUCCUUCCAAUAAUACCCAUCAAGUCAAUAAUAAUAGUAACUUCUUUUCUAAUUCCAACCAACAACAACCACCAAUUCACCCUCAUAUGUCUCAUGACCACCACCACCAACAACAACAAUCUUCCAUAAAUUUUGAUCAUCUUUCUAACUAUCUAAACCCUUUCUCAUCAUCUAGAUCUUCUCCACAAACUCAAAAUUCUUUGCUAAAUCUUGAUAUGGUAUGGCCUAAAAACAUUAUUACGUCGGUAGAUCCCAAUAGUUCAACCAGCAACAAUAAUCUAAUGGGUUCAUCAUCAUCACCAUCAUCAUCAACACAGCAACACAAUCAAUAUUUGGGUGGAAAUAUCCAUUUUUCGAACCAGUUAGUACAACCAUCUCUUGGUGAUGGUAGUGCUAGGGUAUCAUCUGAUAGUCAUCAUCAGAAAGCAACCCGAAAUCCUAAGAAGAGAACCAGAGCUUCUCGACGUGCACCCACAACUGUUCUCACCACUGAUACAUCGAAUUUUAGAGCUAUGGUGCAAGAGUUCACCGGUAUCCCAGCCGCACCUUUCUCCGCCUCUACGCCAGUGUUCCCUCGAAGCAGAUUUGAUCUUUUCAAUACUUCAGCGACCGGGAAGCUGUCGGGUCUUUCUGCAGCACCUCCAUACCUCUUAAGACCGUUUCCGCAUAAGGUUAAUCAUCAACUACCUUCAUCUUCUACUUCCAUUAAUACCACUGGUACCACUGAUAGUGCUCAUCAUUCUAAUGAACCUCAAAAUCUAUUAAACAUUCAGAGCCUCACAUUUCAAUCUCUUUUAAACCCUAAUCAUCAUCAACAAUCGAAUGUACCCAUGUUAUUUGCUCAUCAUGAUAAAUCUAAAGUUCCGCAAUCGUCAUUAUCAAAUGAUAACCCACAGCUUAGAAUGGCUGCAAUGGAAGAAUUCAGUAUGAAUAUUAAUACGACUGCUACAACUACUAGUCAUGGUAUUCUUGGGGGUACUCUUUCAAAUGUUGUUGAUACUUCUAACGAUAUGGCGUUAGGGAUUAACAUUGAACGUCAUUAUAAUGGUAAUGAAAAUAAUGAUCAUUUGGGCUCAUCCUUCAGUGGUAACUACGACUGUUCACAACGUAUUUGUGGUACUAACACUUCUAGUAAUUCCAAGAUGAACUUCACAGGUUCCUCAACAUCGGAUUUUCAUACCGACAACGUAGGGUUCGAUAAUAUUGGAGAUGGUUUUAACAAGAGGUGA